GUUCAUUAGUGAGGCUGAUCUGAACUCUGUCCUGAGACCAGUUCAGGCAAGAAAACUGCUGGCUGCCUGGAAACAAACCACACCAAAUAUGGAAAUUUCAAGCCAGGCCAGCAUGUCGUCUCCAUCUUCUUGCUCCUCAUUUUCUGCCUCCCCCUCACCCAGUCCAAUAUAUUCUCUAGACUGGGUAGAUAACUUUAGAAUUCCAAGUGAAGAUUUUCCAGAAGACUUGAUUCAGUGUCUUCAGAGAGAGAAAAGACCAAAGCCUCGAUUGCGGAGGGAGAUGAUCCGCAUCAUUGUGAAGGAGAUGAUGAAAGCCUGUGCCUCUCCAAGUAGAAGAGCCUCGACUGAAAUUGCAAAAAAACUGGUUGCAAUGUAUCCCAAGUCACUGCAGGAUGUCAUAGAGGGGGAUGUGGUAGGACAGGGGUACCACUCUUUGGUAAAACAGAUUCAGGCACGAGUUGAAAAUGUGAAGAGGUCUACUUCACCAGUGUUAAAAAAGCGCAAACAGGGAGGAUCAGAUGACACCGACGAAGUCACACCUGAAAAGCGAGCAUCUGUUCAAGACACAUAUGGCUGCAUAAAGUGGGACAUGAAGUUUUUGCCAGUCAGUGAGACACUGGAAACCCAGCAGGAGAAGAAGGAACGUAUGAAGAUUUUCAGUGAACAGACAAGUUUCAGUCAUGAAGAAGUAAAAACUCUAAUGAAAUGUACCUACUACUCUCAGCGCAAAGCAAUAAACAGCGGAGCAAACAUGCAAACCCUUAAAGAAGAGUGGCCUUUUUUGUUUCAGGCGAUUGGAAUGACAGUCCAUUUUGAAGAACUUACUGGGGUACCGCUGAAAGAGACUUUCCUCACCAGUCUGGAAAAGAAGGGAAAACGGCUUCUGGACUUUCUAAAAACCACUUGUGCAGACAAGAGCAAGCGUGUCUUGGAGGCUGUCAUAAAGCUUCGAAUGCAGAGGGGACAGCUGACGGGCUGCUCAGAAGAUGUGAAAGAUAUGAUGCUCCUCCUUCUCUCCUAUUUCGAUGAAAAAGAGGAGACCCUCUUCCACUAUGUUGAUGAAACAUGUCUGGCAAAAGAAGUCCAAGUGGAAAGCCUGCCUGUGACACCAUGUAUCAUUGUUUGUGGAUCCUCCUGCUUUGCAUCGAGACUGUUCAUGCUCAGCAUUGACCACAAAGUUGUAAAUGACCAAAUAACUGACUUCAUCUCUGCAAUCUGUCUGAUGCUUGGUAGCUACUACUGCCUGAACAUCCACUAUCCCCUGGAACUUGGCUCCACACUUGAAUUCCUUCAGAGGUUUAAGGGUGGUGGCACAGCUAAGACCCAAGAGUCUCUUUCAAGACACUGAAUUUAAGCAGAAACCAUAAGGACACUCAAAGGACCUGUGACUCUAAGGAAAUGCAUCAAAUGAGAGUGACAGAUGAAACAGUUUGAAGACAACGGCAGGAAAAGCAUGCUGAAGAUUGAAACAAACCUUGGCUGGAAAUAUUUGAAGGUAUCUAGCCAGUCCACAAUGAAAGCUUCAUUGCCCCCCAUGAGUAUUCUGGCAGAAAUUAUGGCGCCUGUAUUCUUUGGUUUCCCUAAACAUCACACCCUGCCUGUUUAUACGAGGCUCUUCAAAUGAAUGCACCCAAAAAUUCAAUAAGAGAGGGCAUCCUGCCAGUCCAAAGUAAACUCCUAAUGGACAUUGAAGUACUCCUGCAGAGCUUGUAUCUUCGACACCAUGCGCAUUAGAAACUCCACUGAGUCGUUUCCUUCACCAAGGCAGGACCCAGUGACUCAUUACUGUUGAUAGGUCGGGGGCAGGUAAUUUUUUUUUCAUGUUUAUUCAUUCCUCCAGGAAUAGAGAAAAUGAUAUGUUUAGUCUGCUUUCAAAUGGUAUGUCAAAUUUUCUCAUUGUUUAUCAGUAAUAUUCAUUACCUUGGUUAUAUAUGAGCAUCUUUAGAUUUUUCUAUAUUUAGCAGUUGCAAAUGUAAAAUGUACGGUAAACUAUUUAUGUUCCUCAUAUUGUACUGUAUUUUUAGCGGUAAAAUACCGGCAGCUGUGGUUG